GCAUCCACUGAAGUUGUAUUAGUAAUAUUUAGUGAUGCAAGUGAGAAAGCGUUUGGAGCCUGUGCAUAUGCAAGGUGGAGAUUAGAAAGCGGAUCAUUUGAAUCAAGACUGAUAACAGCCAAAUCACGUGUAGCCCCAUUAAAGAAAUUAACGGUCCCGCGAUUAGAGCUACAGGCGGCAGUUAUGGGAGCGAGACUAGCAUAUGCAGUAGUUAAAGAGUCUACUUUCAAAUUCAGUAAGCAGAUUUUAAUGACAGACAGCAUGAUCGUGCUGGGGUGGAUAAGACGACCAGCUCAAUGCUUUAAACAAUUUGUUGCAGCUCGAGUUUCUGAGAUUCAGCGCAAGACGAAGAUAGCAAAUUGGAGACAUGUUCCAGGAAUAUUAAAUCCUGCCGACGACUUGUCCAGAGGAGUGAGAGCGGACAAAUUAACUGAUAGGUGGAUAAAUGGACCUGAAUUUAUAAGUAAGCCGAUAAGUGAGUGGCCUCAAGAGAGGUCAGAUAAUGACACCGAGGAUACAGAAGAAAGAAGGAUGGCAUUUAACGGGAAUGUUGUUGUGAACCGGGGAGAAGUUGAUAUUGUGGAAUGCAAGACUUGGGAAGAAAUGUUAGAACUCUAUCGACAAAGAAUGUACGGCAAACAGUCAGAAGCUUUGAAUGCCGAGAAGGUAAGAGAAAUUGAACUCUUACUGUUGAGGAGAGUGCAGAAAGACUGUUUUGCAGAAGAGUAUGAGGUACUAAAGAAUGGGGGUAAAAGUGUAGCAAAGAGCAGCAAACUGGUAAAUCUCGACCCACAAUUCGAUAUGGAAUCAGAGCUCAUCCAAGUAGGAGGUCGAUUAAAGAGAAAUGAUCAACUGGAGAUGGAGGUGCACCCAGUUGUACUGGACCCGAGUCAUCAGAUUACACAGUUGCUCAUAAAGAGAAUAGACAGUAAUGUUUUUAACCAUGGUGCAGGAGUGGAGCAA